ACCUACUGACAAAGCUUUAGUUAAUAUUCUUACUUUAUUUACUGAAUGUCGGUGGAUUUCCUUGAGAGCAAAAAAAUAUUUACAUUUAGUUUAAUUUAUGUUUAGUCAAUACAAACGUUUAGAAAUUCGAAUGGUACGAAUUGGACGUUUUUCACGAGCAAAGCUCCAAUAAGAAUCCAGUCAUUUUCCAUGUGUAUUUCGUAGCAAUGCUUGUGAAUAAUGCAGUAACGGGGAUGGAAGUGGAUUGUAAACCAGAGGACCUGUUGAAGUGUUCCUAUGAAGAACGCUGUGUUGAGCUGGGAGAUGUUAAAGACAUGAGGCUGGAAGCUGAGGCUGUGGUCAAUGAUGUGCUCUUUGCAGUCACAGACAUGCACGUCUCUCACAGUCUUACCAGUGGAGUAGAUGUGGCGCAUAUAAACGUUGAAACCAGAGAGGGAAACCGGUAUUACUUGGAGCUCACCGAGGCUGGGUUGAGGGUGGUGGGACACGCCUUUGAUCAGGUGGAUGAAGGUUUGAGCACCCAGUAUCAUGAGACUGUUUACUCACUGUUGGAUUCCCUGAGCCCUGGUUACAGAGAAGCGUUUGGAAAUGCUUUGCUUCAAAGACUAGAGAGGCUUAAACAAAAUGGACAGUGAGGGGAUCAGUAUCACUUAACCAUUUGUGCUCGCUCAAAGUUAAACCAAGUCCUGUGCUGCCCUCUGCCUGAAGUGUCAGUGAUACUUACUAUUUUUAACCAGUUGUUUGUUUUAACAAAACAUCUUGUGAUUACUUGGAACAUGAUGCGCUUGUGAUGUUUUGAAACAUGACUGUUUCAUUUAAAGAAGUAUUAUUGGAGGCAGUGCUGUAACACAUGAAGGGCCCAGAUUAAUACUUUGCGUUCAUUUUCAUGGUAAAAUAUUUGGGAUUUUGUCAUUGAAACCAAUAUAUUUUGUGUUCACAUGAAGGUGCACUGACUUUGAUGUUAUUGGGCCCAAUUAAGUAUUAAGUACUAUCUCCAUACUGUACUUCCAUCAUUGGUGAAUGGCAUUGUUCCGUAUUGUCAUUAAAAAGUUAUCAGUUGCCUUACUACUAAAUUCACAUUUUAAAGUUUGAGCUGCACUGGGUUAAGGAUCAAUUGGUUUGAAAACUUUAAAAUGACAAUUUAUUCAGUAUCUUACCUUCCCCUGCUCGAUAUUGCUGUUAUAUAAAUGUUAAAAUGUGUUAAAUCAGCAGAAAGUACUGAAAAGCCAAAAUUGAUGAAUGAUGGUUAAAUCCAUUUUCAAAUCCUCUGGAAAAAAUUUUGAUCUUUUUCCUUAAAUCAGUCCCAAGCAUAAACGAUGGUGCAUUUUAGCACUAAAGCAGUACUGGCAACACCCCCCUUUCUAUAGUAAAGACUGAAAUUCUCAUGGUUGAUUAAACAUAUCACACAAUAUGUAAUCUGAAUAGUGCCAUUUAUAAGUGUGUUUAAAAAAUGUUUUUGGGAUGAAAUGAUAAGCUUUAUAUAUUGCAUAGAAUUGCACUACAUGAAAUAAGGUAGCCAUUUUCUGACUUGUUUAGAAGGGCUUAAGUAUUUCGCAAAGGUUACUUUCAAUGCCCUUUUUGUUUUCAUCUCCCUUUAAUUCGUAGCAGAGAGCAUACAACUUUAAUCAUCAUUAAAUGCAUCAAUUCAGAAAGUUCUGGAAUGAUGGGUUUCUACCUCGUAUUGGGUUUUCAAAUUUUAGGCCAUUUACUUUUGCACGUCAGCUGGUUUUGGAUAAGCAAAGGAUGGUGGAAUGCUACUUCAAAAAUAUGCCAGUUUUAAACAAGCCUGUUAAUAAUUUUCUUAAUUUCUAUAAACAUCAAAGAUAACUCGUAUAAAUUUGUGUUUUGUUGGCUAAUAUGGCACAAAUACCUUGUACCUGAAGACAGUUGCUUGCUUUUGUUUCAUUAUAAUAAAAAGCACACUUUAAAAUGUUA